AUGACCUCCAUUGGCACAGGCUACGACCUGUCAAACUCCGUCUUCUCCCCCGAUGGCCGCAACUUCCAAGUCGAGUACGCCGUCAAGGCGGUGGAGAACGGCGGAACAGCCGUCGGAAUACGGUGCAAGGACGGCAUUGUGCUGGCUUUGGAGAAGCUGGUCACAAGCAAGCUGCUAAAGUCGGGCGCGAACAAGCGAAUAGCCACGGUCGACCGGAAUAUGGGCAUCGUCUCCUCAGGUCUCCUCCCCGACGGUCGUCAUUUCGUAUCCCGCGCACGCGACGAAGCCUCCUCCUGGCGCAACCUCUACAAGGCUCCCAUCCCCACGUCGUCGCUCGCAGACCGCAUGGGAAGCUACGUCCAGGCAUACACUCUCUACUCCAGCGUGCGGCCCUUUGGUGUGACAGCCAUCAUAGGCGGCUGGGACUCAGAAGCAGAAUUGCCCGUAGAUGGUCAAGUCGGCUCAGGACCAAAUGUCGGCUCGGGAGGUAAGAAGGACGGUGCAAAGCACGGCGGCCCAUACCUAUACAUGAUUGAGCCGAGCGGACUCUACUGGGGCUACUAUGGCGCGGCAACCGGCAAAGGGCGACAGAUUGCAAAGUCCGAGCUUGAGAAGCUACACCUCGACGAAGGCGAACUCUCCCUAGAGGAGGGCGUCAAGGAGGCUGCGCGCAUCAUCUACAUCGCACACGACGACAACAAGGACAAGGAGUUUGAGCUGGAGAUGACUUGGAUAAGCUCGACGACUGGCCCGACUAAGGGCAGGCACGAGGAAGUGCCUAAGGAACUGAGGGAAGAGGCCGAGCGACUGGCCAAGAAGGCAUUGGAGGGCGAUGAUGAGGAUGAGGAGGAAGAGAAGAUGCAGGAAUAG